AUGCACAGUGUAACAGCUAAUAGUAUAUUUGGUUACUCUAAUCGAAGUUGUUACAUGGUCCUCGCCACAUCAACCCCACCAGAAUCACCGAAAUUUAAACAAAGCUCAUCCAUUAUAGAUGUACAUGCUAGUGAACACUCUGGAGUUCCUUAUUCACCGUUAGUCUCUAACUAUUUCGGUGUUAAAGUUGUAUGCCAAGGUGUAGUUCAGCGCAGAACCGUUUAUCGUUUCCGUCCAUUAACAAACUCAAAUCAGAAUUUUGAUUCAGCUCGUUCAACCAGCCCUCUAUUUGCUCCACCGGUACACGCUUCCAACUCUUCUCUGUCAAAUUGUUCAGUUAUUAGUUCAACAGCAACAGUCACAAAGUCAAUGUUUUACCAUCCUUCGUCAACCUACCGAUCAGCUGGAUUUUCUAAAUGGCGCCGUUUAUGGGCUACUUUAGUGUUUGUGGGUGAUGGGCUCACUGCUUACAUGAUUUAUUUUGAACCGAAAAUAAAGAAUGCGGUGAACCGAAGUCAAUUUCGAGCUCAUCAGUGCCAAAUCCAUUGUCUGUUUGGCCCUCCUACACUGAAUACCUUCAAUAACCGGAUCAAAGAUGGUGACAAUGAAAAAGUGCAGCAUGUAACUGAUGAUGUAUCAGAAGUCGAUGUGGCUGAGGUUUCUGAACUUUUAACGGAUUCCGAGAAAAAAUCACAAGCUUAUACUAAUACUCAUUCUAAAAUUGGAUAUAAACCUCCAAACUCUAAUUUAUUUCUUAUGGCUGCAAAAGUUGAACCUGGUCGUCAUCGUAAUGGAACAUUAGAUCCGGACUCCUUUAUGCUAACUGAUUUUAUUCUUGGUAAGACUUAUCGAUUUCGACCUGUGGUUUUCAGCGCAGACAAGCCUACAGCCAAGUCUUUAUCGAAACUAGAUCCCGCUCGUUCUAGUGGAGCAUUCAGUUGGAUACUGCGUAGUAGCGGUGGUGUACAAAGUCGUCAUGGAUGUUCUCGAGUUGCUGAAUCAUCUUGUCAGUCAUUGUCACCGGAAUUAAAUUGUGCUGGUCGGGCACGUGGUCUUUCAGCUCCAGGUUUGUUCAUUCACUCUCAGCCAGGUUCAUAUCCAUCUGCUGUGAUGAAAAGCGGUAAAGGACCAAAAACAACAACCACUGAAUCUGGUGAUUCGUCUACAAUAAAUUGUAUAUCGACCAAUGAGCACGUUAAUUUAUGGUUGAAGUGUAUAAAAUCAGUUAUUGAACAAAUUCAGACAGCUUAUUUACUCCGCCAGACAACCCCAUCACGGUGUAUACUUCAAUCGAAAAUUUCAGACAGAUCCAAUGUAAUGUUGUAG